CUUUCUUUCUUUCUUUCUCUCUCUUCCAACAAUAACAAUAAUAUUAUACGGUAACUAGUAACAAAGCAAACCAAGUGCUUCUUCUUCUUCGUCGUCGUCGUCGUCUUCUCAUUGUUUUCCUUUUAAACACUCUCACAGUCACGCAGAAGAGAGAGAGAGAGAGAGAAUGGUGAAAUCUAGCUCGUGCUUGAAGCUCAUCACUUGCGGUGGUGGUCCUGAUUCUGGAGACACAGAUUACCAACCAGUUUCUGAGGUCAAGGAUACUAGUGAUAAACGUGGUUGGAGUUUCCGGAAGCGAUCUGCAAGGCACCGCGUGCUUAGCAACACUGUAAUAACAGAAACCCCAUCUUCGGCAAACAAGGAGAGUUCAGAAUGUAGAAGUAUUAGUUUUCAACCAGUGCCGGCUGAACAUAAUGUUGUUGAGAAAAUUCAUACAACAAAUGUCUCUGAUGAGAAGCCUCAGUUACUGUCCUUGGGAAGUUCACAAAUACCAGAAACAAUUGUUACAGAAACCAAGAAUAUGGUGGAUGUUGACCCAAAUCCACCCGAAUCAGCUGUUAUCAUCAUCCAGGCUGCCAUUAGAGGGUUCUUGGCUCGGAGAGCAUUGCUAAAGAGCAAGAAUGUAGUCAAGUUGCAAGCUGCUUUUCGAGGCCACUUGGUCAGGAGGCAUGCUGUAGGAACGCUUCGAUGUGUUCAAGCCAUUGUUAAAAUUGUGAAUUUCUUGAACUCUGGUAAUGUAAAUCACGUGACACACACUUCCAUGGAGAAGCUAGCGAGCAACAAAUUUGCUUGUCAGCUGUUGGAAUCAACACCAAGAAAUAAACCUAUUGGUGUCAAAUGUGACCCUUCAAAAAAUGAUUCUGCUUGGAGAUGGUUGGAGAGAUGGAUGUCUGUUUCAUCGGCAGACUCUGCAGAUAACGUAAAACCAGUUGGCAUGCCUGAACAAUCAGACAAAACCAAAAAGGACACUUCUGUUUCUCAAGUGGAAAUGGACAUUCAAACCGAAGUCGUUCCUCAGUCAUCUGGCUCUAGGGAAUUGCCUCCAGCAUCUGAGGAUGAAGAUAAGACAACCACUUAUGAUGCUAAUAACUAUAACUAUGAUGCAAACCAUUCUACAUCUUUCAUACCACUUGACUUGGAAGAGGUUCCUGAAAAGACUUUUAUCAGCGAUGAUAAAGGAACAGCAACUGAAAUUAAUUCUUUCCAAAAUGGAAAAAUGGAAGCGAAUGCAAGUGUCCCGGAGGGACCUGGUCCUAUUGAUCAGAAGCCUGAAAUUGAUGGUGAAGCAGACAGACAAUCUACAAAUCAAUUUGACUCAGACCAACUCGAGCCUGAGGGAAAGAAACUUGUGCAUGGAACAAGGAAGUCUAAUAAUCCCGCUUUUAUUGCCAUGCAGUCAAAAUUUGAAGAGCUGACAUCAAUGGCCAAUUCAAGUAAAUCAAGCAGUCUGUCCAAUCAAGAUGCACCACUUGAAUCACAAGCAGAGGCAUCUUCUAUUGUUGCAGUUACUGCACAUAGAUCGAAGGAGUUCUUCUCAUCUGAGAAUUCUGCAAAUUAUCCUUUCAUAACUGUUGGGUCGUCUGAAUGUGGUACUGAACUCUCAGUAACUUCUACUCUUGAUUCACCUGACAGAUCUGAGGUCGGGGCUAAGGAAAGUGAGCAUGAUGCCAAAGAUUUGGUAGAAAGGAUUGAUAAUCCUGAAAGUAAGAUGGAUCAUGGUCUUGAUCCCAAUAUAGUGCAGGCUACUCCAACUAAUAACGUACCAAACUCAUAUUCAGAUCAAUUAGAGAUCAUUGAUGACAUAAGCAACAAUGUGGUUAAUCCAGGGCUGGUUGGGAAUUCUCAAGAGGUUGCUGUUAAGCCUGAGCAAAAUGCAUCUGACCUAUUGAGAGAACCGGAAGAGGCCAUUCAACAAGAUUCCAAGUUGUCUCCGGAAGCUUCGCCAAUAAGUCAGCAAUAUCAACUAGGAACACCUUCUAGUCAGGUAUCGAUGACCAUUCCUGAUUCUCAAGGAACACCAUCAAGUCAGGUAUCUAUCAAACCUAAAGAGAAGAAAACCAACAAGACCGGAUCCAGCAAUAAGCGUAAAAUCCUGUCUUCCGAUAACAAAUCUCCUGCAAGUGCAAAUCAUGAUUCAGGCACAAGAGGUAGUAGGGAACAACAACCAAAAGAUCAACCGAGCGGAAAGAGACGCAGUUCCUUCGGCUCAGCAAAAUCUGAUCACAUUGAUCAAGAAGCAAGAGAUAACAGUAGUAACAAUAGUUCUAUUCCCCAUUUCAUGCAAGCUACUGAAUCUGCUAGGGCCAAGAUGAAUGCAAAUAACUCUCCAAGAUCGAGUCCGGAUGUAAAUGACCAAGAAAUCCAUCUUAAGAAGAGACAUUCCCUACCCGGUGCAACUGGCAGGCAGGACUCUCCACGCAUCCAGCGAUCACCACAGUCAAGCACGAAGGGAAAUGGUGUGCAUCUUCAACAUGAGAGAAAAUGGCAGAGAUGAAGUGAUGCUUUGACGACUGAAGGAUAGUAUGCUCACAUGCAUCCAAAAUCAUUGGUGACCAUUACAAAUGCUGUAGCACCUUGGCAGAAUGCAAUGUUGUACUUCUGGUUACAUGCCUUAAUUUUCUUUGAAGGAUAACCACUAGAGUUAAUUUUUUAUGCUUUUUAUUGUUAUCCUAAAAGGAAAAAAAUUCUUGGGUUUUUUUUUCUCUUUACUUUAUUCUUUGCCUCCCCUUCCUGUCUGUCUCCGGUAAUUUAAACGUGGAGUUUGGCCAUGAAAGUAGGGUUUGUUUGGGAACAUACAUAUAUAGAAAUGAGUGAGGCUUACAUGUGUACAUUAUUUGUUUUUGUUUUUUUUUUUAUCAUAUACAAUUUUUAUUGUGAUAAACUUGUAAGUUCCAGAAUCCAAACUACUUGUGAUUGUGAUGUUAAUUUUUAUAUUUU